GGAGGCACGCAGAAUGAGUUAUUCUUGUAGCGGCACAGUUUGCUGUACGGUGUAUUAGCCAAAGGCUGCGACGCAAGUAAAUCGGCUCCUGCGGCGACGACGCCGAGAGCAUCAGAAAGCCUCAGCUCCUGUCAGGUUGCGCACCGAACAGCCCUCUUCUGCUGGACAUGAAAGUGCAGCAAGGCUGCAACUCAUCAGACAUGGGGAUCCCGGUUAGAACUGAAGAAGAAUUGCGCAGAAAUACCGUAAUAACGCCCGAUGAUGUGCUCGGGCUACAGAAGAUCACCAAGAAUUAUCUUUGUUCUCCGGAAGAAAAUGUCCACAUGAUCGACUUCACCAGGUUCAAGAUCCGCGACAUGGAAACAGGCACGGUCCUGUUUGAGAUUACUAAACCUCCAAUACCAGCGGGAGACAGAAAGCACUGUGACCCCAACGCCGGCCGUUUUGUCCGAUACCAAUUCACGCCAGCCUUCCUGCAGUUGCGGCAGGUUGGAGCCACAGUGGAGUUCACAGUGGGAGACACACCCAUCAACAACUUCCGCAUGAUUGAGAGACACUACUUCCGCGAUCAGCUGCUCAAGAGCUUUGAUUUCGAGUUUGGCUUCUGCAUGCCCAGCAGCAAGAACACGUGCGAGCACAUCUACGAGUUCCCAGCGCUGUCCGAGGAAAUCAUGCGUGAGAUGAUCCUGCACCCUUAUGAGACGCAGUCUGACAGCUUCUACUUUGUGGACAACAAGCUGGUGAUGCACAACAAGGCAGACUAUUCCUACAGUGGAGGGCCAUAGGAAGACCACCCUCCACCUUCCACUCCUCCCUGCUCUAAACAUUUUCCAUGUACCACUUCAGGACCAGAAACAGAUGAACUAAUGGACAAUUCACUGGCAUUAAACGUCUCACUCCUGUUAACUCCAUACAUUUCCAUUCAGGUAUUCAGCUGCCAGACCAAUAGAUUUCUCCCUUUGCCUCUUAGCAGGAACAUUGAAUUCUGCCAGUUUGAUCAUCAGAGUGUGUGAGCGAGUGUGUGGGCAGCCAACACAUACAGUGUCUGUACAUACUGCUCAUUUCAGUCUGUAGAUGUGGGUUCCACUUGAUCAUCAGGAAGACGUCCUAUCAUUUACAUUUUCUGUGAUUUGAUAGUUAUUGAUAUGAAGACAAAGUGAGAAAUGAAGAUACCCUUAAAAAAGAGUUUCAUAAUAAUAAAUCCAUCCAGAUGUACAUUAAUAUAGUUUGUAUAGAAAGCUCAUUACAUUUUUAAGUUUCUUAAAUUAGUAGCACACAUCUGAAGGAUUCAUUCUGUCAUUGUUCAUUUGAACGAUGAACAGAAACAUGUGUACUUUGUCUAUGUGAAUGUGUGAGUUGUUUUAUGUUUUCAUGUAGUACUACUACUUCAGGAGUAUUUUUUAAAUAAAUAGCCACUUUGAAGUGUCAGAAAACCUACAUUAGCCACAAGUCAGAUACCAAUUUUGAUAUCCAGUACAUUCUCUGUAGUACUGAACACUGUGUAUACUUUAAUUAUGAUAAAUGUUUUAAGUAUAAAAUGAAAAAGUAUGUAAAGUUUUGACAGCGGAUAUUCCAUCACUGCAAUAAAU